UCCCUCCUCUGCCACCCCCUCUGCAGAUCAAAUACCACGAAGAGUUCGAGCGGAGCAGGAUGGGCCCGAGCCCCAGCGAGGGUUUGGAGCCGGAGCGCAGGAAUUCCCAGGAGAGCUCCGGAGGGUACUGGAGACCCGCCGAGCAGCAGCACCAGCCGUCCCACCACGUCCAGCCCACCAACCCAGUGUUCCAGCAGCAGCAGCCGCCGUCCCAAUCCUAUGGAUACAAGGAGCCGGCGGCUCCGGCCUCGACACAGCGCAGUGUCCCGUCUGCAGGGGGGGGUGAGUACAGCCCAGAGCAGCCCCCCAGCACCAGCCCCCUGCUUCCCACCCCCGGGGGGGUUUCGCUCUGAGUCACAGAGUCACAGAAUCAGCCGGGUUGGAAAAGAGCUCUGAGAUCGUCCAGUCCAACCCGUGACCCCACCCUGUCACCCAGAGCGUGGCACUGACGCCACAUCCAGGCUCUGCUUGAACACCUCCAGGGAUUGGUGACCCCACCACCUCCCUGGG